AUGAAAUCGCUGUUGUUUGUCAUCCUCCUCCUCGCCAUUACCCUGCAAUUCGCUCAAGCUCAAUUUGGCUAUGGUUAUCGGCCAUGGGGAAUGUACGGUGGAUGGGGCCGCGGAAUGUAUGGCGGAUGGGGCCGCGGAAUGUAUGGAGGAUACCCUGGCAUGUACGGAAUGUGGGGAUAAACAAGUAAUUUGAUCAAAUUUGACCGUAAUUCUGGUGUUCUUCGACCAAAUCAACCAAAUUUUAUAUUACACUUCACAUCUGAUCUUACAUUGUAUUAUAUCAUAAUAACCAAUUUUUCGCCAUUUAAUAAAGUUAUAAUUGGCUAAUUUAUAAUUUUUGUAGUCUGUUGUUACUCUAUGCCAAAGAACCAGUUAAUAAUCGACUUCAUAGAAGUAACAAUACGAAGAAAUCUGAGAUCGGCCGAAAAAAGGUCACCAGACGAAUGAUUUCCUAUUUUUUCUCAAUCGUAAGUGAGUCAAACCUACUUGUUUUUACAACGUAAGAACCUUCUUCAGCGAAUUUUACAAAAACAAACCUCGAGUGGGGGCGUGUUCUUGAUGAAUCCUUGAUCAACCCAAAAACUUUUUUAUGUGGGAGUAAGAACGAGAAAAGGGUUAGAGAAACAAGCGAAAAUAUAGUUAACGUGAGGCCCGUAGAACAACGAGACGUAAAAAAAUGCUGCACACUACAACAAAUCGACUAGAAGGAAGCUAGAGAAAUUUGAAAUAGGCCUUUCAAGACAACAUUGGCUAGUUGAAAAGCAGUUAAGACAAGGAAAAGAAUCGAGCCUUUGCCGAACAAGGCAUGCCUCAACAAUCAGAUCGGCCGAAUUUCAAAAACCCAUGACGUAAACACCGAUAAACAACGAUCCGUCCGCCUGUAUAUAACCAUCGACCAUCUGAAGCAUUCAUCGACCCAUAAGUUUGGGUUUGUUGGGCAAAGCGGGUCGUAUGUGGGGUAUUGGGAGAGAUUAAGGUAUGGUCUUAACGUUGAAGUUAUUUCAGAGAUCUGUAGAGGGAUCUCGGUAAGGGCUUUUGGAGAAAUAAAGUCUAUAGUCUAUUAUUGAGGAUGCUUUUCGAAAUAUUAAUUUUUGGCGACUUCUUCUUUAAACUUCGGGCCUUUUCUUUGCAUAGUAAGAAGAUGUGAUGUCUUCAACUUCAUACUGAAAUUUCAUAGAUUUACGAUUGUUUCAACCACAAUUUUCACUCAUAUUUUUCGCGAUCUAUCUAAUAUAUCAUCCCCAAUAGAAUUGCUAAUUCCAUCCAUUUCAGAGACCAACCAUGAACUCGCUUCUAUUUGUUGUCCUCCUUCUCGCUGUCGCCUUCCAGUUCGCACAAGCCCAAUGGGGCUAUGGUGGCUACGGUGGCAUGGGCGGCUACGGAAUGGGAUACCGAGGCGGCUAUGGCGGCUAUGGUGGGUACGGCCGUGGAAUGUAUGGCGGCUACGGUCGUGGAAUGUAUGGUGGCUACGGAGGCUAUGGAGGCUAUGGCCGUGGCGGCUACGGCAUGUGGGGAUAA